AUGAUCUGCAGUGUGGCUCGUAGCAGCUCAUCCUCUUCGAGCUUCAAGCAGUUCGUUCCUGUCGUGGGGGCGUCGCACCUGCACACGGCGUUUGGUCCUCGUGCCUGCCUCCAGCCAGGGAUAGACACGUCGACGACUUCUUGGCCCUUCAAAAAACCGCCACCCAGCGCGUCAUUCGCUUCGAGCAGCAGCAGAAGGAGCUUGUUUCACAGCGAGACUAGUACAACAUCGAUGCGGCCACAAGGAAGAUUGCGUCGCGGGCAACUGCUCGUGAUGCCGAUACGUUCACGUUGUGAGAAUGAUCAUCAUCCAAAGGCCAGCAGGAUUGCAUCAAGCAUCGUUACACAGCCUCCAUCUUCUAUCGUGUCAAAUAACACGACCCGAAUCCCUGCUCAAUUUUUACACCAAAACUACACGACCAAGCGUUUCUUUUCCAACUGCGACGAUUGUUCCGGUUGCGACCCGCCUGACGGGAAAACAAGUUCUCUCCUCACCGAGGCGGAAAAAGACCAGGGGAUUCUGCGCCACCUCCAUGACCCCCAGAAGAUUCCGAACGAAAUCAUCCAGGCCUUCUCUGAGCGGGGCGUUCCCUUCUUCUCCAUGUUCGGGCCACUGCAGGAAAAGCACCGGAAAAGGCUGUUUUAUCUGUCCACGGUCAAUUUAGGGACGAAGUUUGCAAACGCCGUUGACAGCAGUGCGAGGACCACAAGUGGCAAUAGUAGUACCAGCAUCGGCACCAGCGGUGGAUUUCAUCCGGGCGGCCGAGGUGAUGGCGAUGGAGAUGCAUCAUCGACAGGCAUGAAAGUCUCCAUGACUGUCGGUGGUGGCGCUGAAGCAGAAGAUCAAACACAGGGACCUGCCGCUCAUCUUCCUCAUCCAGGAAAGAACUCAGUACAACUAUCGGCUCCAGAUCCAGUUCAAGCACCACCACCAAGCAUACCGCCGAAGAAAGUAAGUUCCUGCCGGGUAGAGGAGAUGUGGAUUCAGUGUAAGGAUUGCGGGAUUCAAAAGAAGGUCGAAACCCCGAAAGACUUUUUCGACAAGUCGCGAAACCAGCUCGGACAAGCGGUGUUGGCGAUUUGCCCCAGCUGCUGCGUUUUGGUGAAGGAACACUGA